CGAACACAUUGUUCUCCGCACAGGCCCGGUAGAGGAACUGGAUGGUUUGAAGCCCCGGUUUAGUUUACGGUGAAAGGAGAAGACAAGACAGGCGUCGGCACGCGCAGAUUUACCGUUUUAACGGCAGUGAAGCAGGGCAGCGAGAGAGGAAGGGCGUCCUGUCCUGUACGCGAGUCUGCUGGUAGACAUGAUGCUAUGACCAGGGCUGGAACGGAGGCUCGGGCGCAGACACGCAUCACUACCGGCCCCGCGAGACAGACCCACCCGCCUAACAGCCUGGCGGGAGAGACAGGGGUUGUGGUAGAGCCGAGUGUGUGUCUAGAUGGCCCCGCGGCCAUCUUCAGGGGAACUAUGGGGCCUUCACCUCAUGCCCCCUAGGAUCCUGGUGGACUGCUGUCUGCCCAAUGGCAUGCUGGUUAGUCUGGAGUGUCUCAGAGAGGCGCCGCUCACGAACAUCAAACAACAGCUGUUCACAGAGGCCCGGAAAUACCCUCUAUACCACCUACUACAGGAGGAGUCGUGUUACAUCUUUGUGGGCGUGACCCAGGAGGCGGAGAGAGAGGAGUUUUAUGACGAGACGCGCCGUCUGUGUGACCUCCGACUUUUCCACCCCAUCCUCAAGGUCAUCGAACCGCUGGGCAACCGAGAGGAAAAGAUCCUCAACAGAGAGAUAGGUUUUGCCAUAGGCAUGCCCAUCUGUGAGUUUGAGCAGCUGAAGGACCCUGAGGUUCAGGACUUCAGAAGGAGCAUACUGGGCGUGUGCAGAGAGGCUAUGGAGGAGAGGGAAGGAGGCGGGGCUGAGACACAGGCCCUCUAUGUCUACCCCCCCAACGUGGAGUCAGCCCCCGAGCUGCCACAACACAUCUUCUGCAAACUGGACAAGGGUCGCCUGAUAGUCACUAUCUGGGUGAUUGUCUCUCCCUCCAACUCUAAACAGAAGUACACCCUAAAGAUCAGCCAUGACAGUCUGCCUGAACAACUUAUAGCAGAGGCCAUCAGGAAGAAGACUAGGUCUAUGCACCUGUCGGCCCAGCAGCUGAGGCUGUGUGUCCAGGAAUACCAGGGGCAGUACAUCCUGAAGGUCUGUGGAUGUGAUGAAUACCUGCUGGAGAAAUACCCCCUCAGUCAGUACAAGUAUAUCCGUAGCUGUAUAACGGUUGGCCGCCUGCCCCAUCUGAUGUUAGUGUCAAAGGACAGUCUGUACAGCCAGCUCCCAGGCAGUGGGUUUGUAGCUCCCUCCUACAGUCGGCGGACCCCCCAGCCCAGCCCCUGUCCUGGGGGAGGAGAUCCCAGCUCACCCCGCUCCCUCUGGGCCUUCAACACCCUGCUGAGGGUCCGCCUGCUCUGUGCUACAUACGUCAAUGUUAACAUCAGAGACAUUGACAAGAUAUAUGUUAGAACUGGUAUCUAUCAUGGAGGAGAGCCGCUGUGUGACAACGUCAACACCCAGAGAGUACCCUGCUCCAACCCCAGGUGGAAUGAGUGGCUGUCCUAUGACAUCUACAUGACGGACCUCCCUCACUCCGCCAGACUCUGUCUCUCCAUCUGCAGCGUCAAGGGACGCAAGGGAGCCAAAGAGGAGCACUGCCCGCUGGCGUGGGGCAACGUGAACUUGUUUGACUACAAGGACACGUUAGUGUGUGGAAAAGUAGCGCUCAGCCUGUGGCCAGUUCCUCACGGUUUAGAGGACCUGCUCAAUCCUAUAGGAGUGGCUGGAUCCAACCCUAACAAGGAAACUCCAUGUGUUGAACUAGAGUUCUCAUGGUUCAACCAGGUGGUCCUGUUUCCUGAUGAACAGCAGAUAGAGGAACACGCCAACUGGACCAUCUCUAGAGAACUGGGCUACAACUACAGUCUAGGACUGAGUAGCAGGCUGGCGUGUGACAGUAGUGUGUCAGCGGCGGAUGGUGAGCAGCUCAGGUCUCUCUGCAGCAGAGAUCCUCUCUAUGAGCUGUCUGAACAGGAGAAGGACUUUCUCUGGAGACACAGACAUUACUGUGUGAACAUUCCAGAGUCUCUUCCUAAGCUGCUGCUGUCAGUCAAAUGGAACUCUAGAGAUGAGUGGUCACAGAUGUACUGUUUAUUGCGUGACUGGCCCCUGAUGCAACCAGAGAGUGCCCUGGAGCUGUUGGACUGUAACUUUCCUGACCCCAUGGUUCGAGAGUUCGCCCUGCGUUGCCUCGUACAGGGCCUCACUGACGACAAGCUCAGCCAGUACCUUCUGCAGCUAGUACAGGUGUUGAAGUAUGAGAUGUACCUGGACAACCCUCUGGCCAGGUUUCUCAUUAAGAAGGCUCUGACUAACCAGAGGAUUGGACAUUUCUUCUUCUGGCAUCUCAAGUCAGAGAUGCACAAUAAGACUGUGUCCAGGAGGUUUGGUCUGCUGUUGGAAGCCUUCUGUAGAGCCUGUGGGAUGUACCUCAAACAUCUCAACAGACAGGUGGAAGCGAUGGAUAAACUGGUGAACCUCACAGACACACUGAAACAGGAGAAGAAAGAUGAGACACAGAAGACCCAGAUGAAGUUCCUGGUAGAACACAUGUCGAGGCCAGACUACAUGGAGUCUCUACAAGGCUUCGUCUCUCCACUGAACCCUGUUCACCAGCUAGGAAACCUCAGGUUAGAGGAGUGUAGGAUCAUGUCUUCAGCGAAGCGUCCUCUGUGGCUGAACUGGGAUAACCCCGACAUCAUGAGUGAACUACUGUUUACUAACAACGAGGUCAUCUUCAAGAACGGAGAUGAUCUACGCCAGGACAUGUUGACUCUGCAGAUAAUUAAAAUAAUGGAGAAUAUCUGGCAGAACCAGGGAUUAGACCUCAGGAUGUUACCGUAUGGCUGUCUGUCUAUAGGGGACUGUGUGGGGCUCUAUUUAACCCCUACACCAUCAUGCAGACUGUAUGACCGAGCGAUUGACCUGUUCACCAGGUCCUGUGCAGGGUACUGCGUAGCCACCUUCAUCCUGGGUAUUGGAGACAGACACAACUCCAACAUCAUGGUUAAGGAGAACGGACAGCUGUUCCAUAUAGACUUUGGCCACUUCCUGGAUCAUAAGAAGAAAAAGUUUGGCUAUAAGAGAGAGAGAGUUCCCUUCGUUCUGACACAGGACUUCCUGAUUGUCAUCAGUAAGGGAGUCCAGGAGUGUACCAAGACCAAAGAGUUUGAGAGGUUCCAGGAGAUGUGUUACAAGGCGUACCUAUCCAUCCGACAGCAUGCCUCUCUGUUCAUCAACCUGUUCUCCCUGUUGCUGGGCUGUGGCAUGCCUGAACUACAGUCCUUUGAUGACAUUGCUUACCUGAGGAAGACCCUCGCUCUGGAGAAGAGCCAACAGGAGGCUCUGGAGUACUUCACCAAGCAAAUGAACGAUGCUCACCAUGGAGGAUGGACCACUAAGAUGGACUGGAUCUUCCACACCAUCAGACACAUGCCCAACGAACACUGA